CGGGACUCCGCGGCUGCUCCUGCUCGGCCCUGGCAGAGGCUGCGCUUCCCGGCGGCUCAGCGCCAUGUCCCACCAGACCGGCAUCCAAGCUCUCAAUUGGCUUCCAGAAGACCUAGCCUUGAUGCUGGCGAGGUCAUAACCCUGGCUCAUCCUUUUCCAGUCAAGCAGCUGCAGUAACACGACACUUACUGGCAUGUGUUUGUAGCUCACUAGUGAAGAUGUCAAAGAGACUUUUGCAAGAGCCCGGAAUGGACAAUACAGGUUUUUAAAAAUAGUUAUUGAAAAUGCUUAUUGUGGGAUCUGCUAAACAACCUGGUGAAUCCUGGGAAAAGGACUAUGAUUCUUUUGUUCUCCCACUUCUUGAAGACAAGCAGCCAUGUUAUGUAUUGUACAGAUUAGAUUCUCAAAAUGCUCAAGGAUAUGAAUGGAUUUUCAUUGCAUGGUCCCCAGAUCAUUCUCCUGUUCGUCAGAAAAUGUUAUAUGCAGCUACUCGGGCUACUUUGAAGAAAGAAUUUGGAGGUGGACAUAUUAAAGAUGAAGUAUUCGGAACAAACAAGGAUGAUGUUUCUUUGAAUGGAUACCAAAAGUACUUGAUAACUCGGUCUGCCCCGGCCCCUCUGACUGCAGCAGAAGAAGAACUUCGACAAAUCAAAAUUAAUGAGGUACAGACUGAAGUUGGUGUUGAUACAAAGCAUCAGACUCUACAGGGAGUAGCAUUUCCAAUAGCAAAAGAAGCCCUCCAGGCACUGGAAGAAUUGAAAAAUAAACAGCUCAACUAUGUGCAAUUGCAAAUCGAUAUGAAAAAUGAAAUGAUUGUCCUGGCUAGCACACUCUCGACUGAACUGAAAGACUUACCAAAAAGGAUUCCGAAGGAUUCUGCACGAUACCACUUUUUCCUCUACAAACAUUCCCAUGAAGGAGACUACUUGGAAUCAAUAGUUUUUAUCUACUCUAUGCCUGGCUAUAUGUGUAGUAUACGAGAGCGGAUGCUAUAUUCUAGCUGCAAGAGCCCACUCCUAGACAUCGCAGAAAGACAGCUGUGGAUGCAGAUCAUCCGAAAGAUUGAAAUAGAUGAUGGAGAUGAGUUAACUGCUGACUUCCUUUAUGAAGAAGUCCAUCCUAAACAGCAUGCACACAAACAGAGUUUUGCUAAGCCGAAAGGGCCUGCAGGAAAAAGAGGAAUCCGAAGGUUAAUCAGGGGCCCAGCUGAAACCGAAACACCUACUGACUAAAUUCAGCAAGUGCCCCAAGAACAAAAACAUUCUGAUAGGAGAUGGGGAAAACAGACCAGUCUUCACUGAUGAACUGCAAGCAUUCCGAAAUUAUUUUUCUAGGAAGAAGAAAAAAAACCUUGUGACUUUACCACUGCACUCAUCUAGCUAUGCCACUUUAGAUUUUACCAUUUCCACAGCCAGUCUUUGUCACUCAGUUUCAUGACUACACUAUAAGCUUGUAUUGUGUUGUCUCUUAUCUGAAGUUAUUUCAUAUCUACAAAAUUUAUCUAUAAUUUCUGAAAAACUAUAAUGUUGUCUAGCUUGCAGUCAAAAGUUUUGACAUUAGUUUUGACCAGAUUUUGACAAGAGGCUCUAAAACAAAUAGGCUAUAUGAAUCAACUAUUCUUAGCUGAUUUUUGAUCUACCUGUCUUAGAGUUACACAUUCAGACUAGAGAUCUGCUUAGCUUUAUGAGAUAAACAUCCCACAUUUUUUAAACUGUGGCUUCAAAUAGCCACAUAAUUUUCCUCUCAGGACAAGAUAUAUGGGAGGGAUUGGACCUAUUUUUUAAAAUUGGUAUUCUUUACUUAGUGGGGUUUCUGAUGAAGCAUAAGUGGAUGCUUCUGUUUUAUGUGCUAGUGAUCUGAAACACGUUUUAUUUUGAAGCAAAUUCCAUAGACCAUUCUGUCAUGUAAAUGUCUGGAUUAGGCUGUGCUAGAUACAAGGUAUGACAAUGAGAGUUCCAUGAACUAGCUCCCAAUUGUUUUUAUUUCUUUAAAAACUGGUCAUGUCAGACACUUGGGGGUGGAGUUAAAAAAGUGGUGCAGCACCCCCCAGUCCAGAUUUGAAUCAGGGUCAUGUUUUUUAAAGGAAGAAAUGCUUGGAUGUUUAUUUAACUCCCAGCACACCAUUAGAUUUGGCCCUGAAUCCGAGUUUACUUGAUACUGAUUUUUUUUCUUGUUCUCAGAGAAAACUGAUACUCUAGUUUUUCAUAAAUUAAGAAAGGCUAAAUACUACAAAUCAAGGAACUGCUGUGCAUUAGCAUAGUACAGGAAAUAAGAGAAUGACUAUGAAAUCACAGCACACACACACACACCGCCUCUUGAAUCACACUUAUUUGAUAAACACCACAGAAGCUGCUGCAAUGAAAUUGGAUCCCAGUUUUGAUACUGUUCAAGAGCAAGCAGUUGAUGUGUGGCCUAAUGCAUUUCUAGUAUCUAUUAAAGAUAUUUUCAAGGCAACUGUUUGGAAUGCCUGUCUCUUUCAUAUGGUCUAAUUGUAAAACUUAACUUGCAAAAGUAUUUGAUAAGUCUUCAAUUAGUUUCAGUAUGCUUUGAGCAAUAAAAAGAACCAUGUCACGUUA